AUGAGUCUAGGGUCGGACAUCCUGCUAGGGGAACGGUACCCCCUGACUUGCGAUGACUACAAUACAAUCAGUUAUUACUGCUGCUUGGACCACGUAGAAAAUAGUCGAUAUGAAGCACCAAUGCCAUGGAUCGGUAUCUAUGUUGCAGCAGCAUCUCUAGUAUGCUCCCUUGCAAUGGCUGCUGAUGUCUUCCUUGGGUUUCGCCACAGAAAACUCUGGUUUCCAUGCAAGUUUUUCACACUCAAUGCCGCGUCCCUCACAUUAUUAACUGUAUCAAUGAAGCUGCCAAUGGAUCUCAAUACCGAUAUGCAGGGUGAUUGGGAUCAGCUGGCGAAACUUGGCAACAUUGUCAUGAUGUCUACAACGAUGGGUAAUUUUCUGCCUUCUUUAGGAACCAUGAAUGACAAAGAAAUUUUCGUGAACAUAACAACCUUGGCUAUUCUUGUAAUCACCAUAUUUGUAAAUAUCUCAAUCCAAUUACAAACUCGACUAAUAGAUCCUUUUUUUGAGAGAGAAUACAUUGCAGCUAUGUCUUUCAUGCUUCUUUUGCUUGUACUAUUGAGUUUCUCAGCUUUGACGGUCUCCACCACUAAGAAGAGUCUACAAUUGAGUUAUGAUGAUAUAUGCAAAACGAUUUCGAGUGAAGAAUCAGAGGGAGUCCAAAAUUUUACAUUUGAGAAAUUGAAAGAGAAUGUAAAAAAAUAUUGGAUGAUGGCAGAAACUAGUAGUCCUCAGUUUGUUAUGGCGCGUUCAGUAACCUGCUAUGCUUCAGGGAUAAUUUGUUUUUUGGCUGUUGCUACUUUAGCAGAAGCAACCGUCAGGAAAUCGAUCCAUUAUUAUGUAUGGUACAGGCGUGAAGACCUGUACUUAGCUAGAUCGGGUUAUAGGUGGUCAACCUUUGUGCUUCUUUUGAUUCAGACUUUUGAGGUGGUAGUAGGUACAAUUGCCCUAGCAUUUAGAUGGUUCAUGGUCAUAAGAUUAAGGUGCUCAAAGAAGAGAGUCCAGAGUUACAAAACUGAAUUGAAAACAGAAAACUACUGGAUCAAAAGGCUAGUAGGGUGGAGAGAUAACCCCUUAGCUUUACGGCUCCGGGGCCAAAAAUGGAGAAAACUUGUUCAUACAACCAAGAAUCUAAUUCUAAACUUCUUUAUACAAGUUCAAAUUACGAUUGUCACGGCCAUCAAAUUAAAUUUGCUCAUUUCUAUUUUCUUAGUGAGCACGUUGAUGUCAUUUGGUCACUCCUACAAGGUGUUAAAGCAGAAGCUUGGCUAUUGUAAGCCUACUACCUCAAACAAUCACAGAGAACCAGAGUCGGGGCCUGGUACAACGCUGGAUCUUAGCCGUUAUGUUAUAUAUCUUGAAGGUGAAGAGGAACUACCCUUACAGAUUAUGAAGAACAAUAGGGAUGCUACUAAUCAUUUAAUUCAGAAGGGUAAAAAGCAGUAA